CCUCCUGAUGCGGCGCCAUUCUUCCGGCCUCGUUAUGGAUCCCUUGAGGAAGAGCUCUGGUUGUUCGCCCCAGCUCCUGCCAACCUAGCAGUUUGAAAACAUGCUGAUGUAACAUCCGAACAAGUUCUGCGAAGAACACCUUGUGAGAGCUUUGCCCAAGGAGUGCUGUAAAUCCAAAGUGAAUUCAAGAUACACAGCAAUGACAACAAGAAAAAAUAAGUAGUAGAAAAAUAUAUUUCAAGCUACACAUCUGUGCAUUUAACGUGUGGAAAUAACAUUGUUCUGAAAAAAGAGAGACUCGGGAAAGCAAGUAGAAGGCUAAAACACUACAAAAACUGUGCUGUUUAGGAGGUUAUAUCUGUGAACCCCUGGCAUAAUAUUUGAAUUAUACAUGUAAAAGAAUGGCAAGACCUCUAUCUCCCAAUUCUAGAAUAGAUACAGGGGAGAAGUUAUAUCAGUGCAUGGAAUGUGGAAAACAAUUUGAUAUAAAAACUUCUCUUACUGUACAUGAACGGACCCACACAGGGGAGAAACCAUAUAAAUGCACAGUCUGUGGAAAAAGCUUCAGUCAGAAUGGAAAACUGCAUUCCCAUCAAAAGAUCCACACAGGGGAGAAGCCACAUAAAUGCAUGGAAUGUGGAAAAAGCUUCUGUCAUGGUAACGAUCUAUGUACCCAUCAAAGAACCCACACAGGGGAGAAGCCAUAUCAAUGCAUGGAAUGUGGAAAGAGCUUCAAACACAGUCAGAAUCUGCGUAACCAUCAAAGGACCCACACAGGGGAGAAGCCAUUUAAAUGCACGGAAUGUGGAGAAAGCUUCAAUCGCAGUGACAUUCUACGGUCCCAUCAAAGGACCCACACAGGGGAAAAGCCAUAUAAAUGCAUGGAAUGUGGAGAAAGCUUUAGUCACAGUGGCACUCUACAUUCCCAUCAAAGGACCCACACAGGGGAGAAGCCACACAAAUGCACGGAAUGUGGAGAAAGCUUCAGUCGCAAGGACAGUCUACAGUCCCAUCAAAGGACCCACACAGGGGAGAAGCCAUAUAAAUGCAUGGAAUGUGGAGAAAGUUUCAGUCGCAGUAAUAUUCUACGUUUGCAUCAAAGGAAGCACACAGGGGAGAAGCCACAUAAAUGCAUGGAAUGUGGAGAAAGCUUCAGUCUCAGUAGACAUUUGCGUUCCCAUCAAAUGACCCACACAGGGGAAAAGCCCUAUAAAUGCAUGCAAUGUGGAGAAAGCUUCAGUCACAGUAGCAGUCUACGUUCCCAUGAAAGGAACCACACAGGGGAGAAGCCAUAUAAAUGCAUAGAAUGUGGAGAAAGCUUCAGUCGCAGUGACGCUCUACGUUCCCAUCAAAAGACCCACACAGGGGAGAAGCCAUAUGAAUGCAUAGAAUGUGGAAAGAGCUUUAGUCGCAGUAACAGUCUGCGUACCCAUCAAAGGACCCACACAGGGGAGAAGCCAUAUCAAUGCAUGGAAUGUGGAAAGAGCUUCAGUCAGAGUAACAAGCUACGUAUCCAUCAAAGGACCCACACAGGGGAGAAACCAUAUAAAUGUGUGGAAUGUGGAGAAAGCUUCAUUCGCAGUGACCAUCUAAAUUACCAUCAAAGGAAGCACACAGGGGAGAAACCACAUAAAUGCAUGGAAUGCGGAAAGAGUUUCUAUCAUGUUACCGAACUACGUUCCCAUCAAAUAACCCACACAGGGGAGAAGCCAUAUAAAUGCAUGGAAUGUGGAAAGAGCUUCAGUCACAGUCAGAGUCUGCGUGUCCAUCAAAGGACGCACACGGGAGAGAAGCCACAUAAAUGCAUGGAAUGUGGAGAAAGCUUCAGUCAGAGUGGACAUCUACGGUCCCAUCAAAGUACGCACACAGGGGAGAAGCCACAUAAAUGCAGAGAAUGCGGAGAAAGCUUCAGUCGCAGUGAUGGUUUACGUUCCCAUCAAAGGAAGCACACAGGGGAGAAGCCGCAUAACUGCAUGGAAUGUGGAAAGAGCUUCAGUCACAGUAACAAUCUGCGUGCCCAUCAAAGGACCCACACAGGGGAGAAGCCACAUAAAUGCAUGGACUGUGGAGAAAGCUUCAGCCAGAUUGGCACUCUACGUUGCCAUCAAAGAACCCACACAGGGGAGAAGCCAUAUAAAUGCAUAGAAUGUGGAGAAAGCUUCAGUCGCUGUGGCAAUCUACGUACCCAUCAAAGGACUCACAAAGGGGAGAAGCCAUAUAAAUGCAUGGAAUGUGGAAAGAGCUUCAUUCGCAAUGACAGUCUACGUUCGCAUCAAAAGACCCACACAGGGGAGAAGCCACAUAAAUGCUUGGAAUGUGGAAAGAGCUUCAGUCAGAGUAAAAAUCUGCGUACCCACCAAAUGACUCACACAGGACAGAAGCCAUAGAAAUGCAUAGAAGGUGGAGAAAGUUUCAUUCAGAGUAACAAUCUACAUUCCUUUCAAAGGAGCCACAUAGCAAAGAAGCCAUAUAAAUGCAUAGAAUCAGGAAAGAGCAGUGAAAAUCCACAUUCCCAUCAAAGGACCCACCCAAUGCUUCCUCUUCAUCUUGGACAGAAGUGGCGAGUGGAGUGCUGCGGGGUUGCCUCCUGGGUCUGGUCCUGUUCAACAUCUUUAUUAAUGACUUAGAUGAAGGGCUAGAAGGCAUGAUCAUCAAGUUUGCAGACGACCCCAAAUUGGGAGGGAUAGCCAAUACUCCAGAGGACAGGAGCAGGAUUCAAAACGAUCUUGACAGAUUAGAGAGAUGGGCCAAAACUAACAAAAUGAAGUUCAACAGUGACAAAUGCAAGAUACUCCACUUUGGCAGAAAAAAUGAAAUGCAAAGAUACAGAAUGGGGGACAAUGCCUGGCUCGAGAGCAGUACGUGUGAAAAAGAUCUUGGAGUCCUCGUGGACAACAAGUUAAACAUGAGCCAACAAUGUGAUGUGGCGGCAAAAAAAGCCAAUGGUAUUUUGGCCUGCAUCAAGAGGAGCAUCGUGUCUAAAUCUAGGGAAGUAAUGCUCCCCAUGCUCUAUUCUGCUUUGGUUAGACCACACCUGGAAUAUUGUGUCCAAUUCUGGGCACCACAAUUCAAGAGAGAUUUUGACAAGCUGGAACGUGUCCAGAGGAGGGCGACUAAAAUAUGGAGACAGGCUUUUGAUGAAUAAGAUAAUGAUUUGGAUGGAAUAUGGUUUAUAUGUGUUUUUAGUAUGACGACUGACCACUGUAGUUUUUAAAUAUAUGGGUUAUUGUUUUAAUGGGUUAUUGUAAUUAUGUACUAUGAUGUUUUACCAAUUGUAUGUACUUUUAUGGUUGGAAACCGGUCUGAGUCCCUUGGAGAGGUGAGAAGGUCGGUAUAUAAAACUUGGAAAUAAAUUAAAAAAAUGAUCAAGGGUCUGGAGAAGAAGCCCUAUGAGGAGCGGCUUAAGGAGCUGGCCAUGUUUAGCCUGAAGAAGAGAAGGCUGAGAGGAGAUAUGAUAGCCAUGUAUAAAUAUGUGAGAGGAAGCCACAGGGAGGAGGAGGGAGCAAGCUUGUUUUCUGCUCCCCUGGAGACCAGGACGCAAGGGAACAAUGGCUUCAAACUACAAGAGAGGAGAUUCCACCUGAACAUGAGGAAGAACUUCCUGACUGUGAGAGCCGUUCAGCAGUGGAACUCUCUGCCCCGGAGUGUGGUGGAGGCUCCUUCUUUGGAAGCUUUUAAACAGAGGCUGGAUGGCCAUCUGUCAGGGGUGAUUUGAUUGCAAUAUUCCUGCUUCUUGGCAGAAUGGGGUUGGACUGGAUGGCCCAUGAGGUCUCUUCCAACUCUUUGAUUCUAGGAUUCUAUGAAAGAAGGAGCCUCCACCACACUCCGGGGCACUCUUUGAUAGGAGAAGUCAAAUCAAUCAACAUCGCCACCUGGAAGGGGGUGGAAGACAGUCUAAAAGAUUAAGAGAAUAGAGGGGUCAGGGAGAGGUUUCCCAAGGGAAAUGGAAUGCUUUUGCCAUGGCUUUCUGAAUAAAUAUGGGGCCUGUGAAUCUAUACUCUUCAGUGAGUCCAACAUUUGGUUUUCAUGCCUGCGUCAUGCUUGCUUGUUCAUGCUGAGAAUCAUGUAUAAUCUUGCUUUGUAUUCAUGCACAUGCUGAGAUUAUUGUAAACUGGUGUUUGUGGUUUCAAGCUAUUGCAUUUAGAUUAUUUGAUUCAAGUUGGCUCCUGUUUCUUCAAGGGACUUUUGCCUUUGCCACCUUUGGAAAAGAAGGACUUCCUUCCUAUGGAUUUGCUUUUUGGAUUUUGGGACUGAUUUGUCUCCUAACUUGGAUUUGGAUUGGAUUUCCUUACAUUGCUUAUUUGCUGAUUUUGUGGACAUUACCUUUUCUCUAUUUGAAUGCUUUUUACCUUUUUGACUAUUGCUAUAUUAAUCUUCAAUAAAUUGGUUUGAUUAUUAAAGAA